AUGGUAUCGACAACGGCAGACGACAACUACAAUGCGGGUACUGGUGUACUGGCAACAGCAUGGACCUUUACUGCGGCUGCAAUUGUGGUCAUGGCACUCCGGGUAGUCGCCAAGAUCAAGAUUGCCAACUUCAACGUCGAUGAUGUUGCGAUGAUCAUUGCGCUCGUGUUCCUCAUUGCCAGCACGGCUUGCGUUACCGUCGCAAUCCAGGCUGGUCUCGCUCGCAACUCGACCAUCACGCACGAACAGGAGGUGCAAGCCAGUAUAUGGUACCUGGUUUCACAAUCUAUAAGCAUAAUCUCAUGCGCGACUGGCCGUAUCGCAUUCAUCAUGUACCUCCGCCGUCUCGUUCCACUACAAUCGAAGACGCGGACUGCCUUAUGUUUACUGCUGUGGCUACAACCGCCCGUUAACCUGGUCCCGGUCCUCCUGAUGUACCUUCAAUGCAAGGACGUGGCCGCGGUCUUUGAUGCUACUAUAACUGGGCUCCUAUGGCUGGCACGCUCGUUGCUGAUCGCCCUAGCUUUUAACUCGGCAACGGAUCUAUACCUCGCGACCUUCCCGAUCUACAGCUUCUGGAGCUUGCAACUCAGACUGCGCAUCAAGAUUGUGCUUCUAUGCCUACUCAGUAUGGGUCUCUUUGCCAUGGUCGCCUGUAUAAUCAAGACGGUCGAGCUUUAUUCAAUCGGUGAAAGGGGAUACCCUCCAGUCGUGCAAGCUGAGCUGUUACAUUGGGUUUAUAUCGAGGCAGGCCUGGUGGUGAUCACUUCUUCUGCUCCGUGCCUGCGGCCUCUCUUCGCCGCAAUGGCGAAAGAUUUCAGUAGCUCACCGAGACCGGCGUACGAGCUCACUCCCACUUAUGGACAGUCCGGCCACACUCGGUCUCACAUCACGUCACGCGCCCACACAUACAUUCGUGGAGAUGCCCACGAUGGCUGGGGAGAUGGAGACAGUGCCUGCCAGAUCCUGGGGGGGACACGUGUUGGUGGAAUCACUAAGAAGACGACUGUGACGGUGCGAAACGAGCAGUUAUCAGCAUAA